CCAGGUGAGGCGCGGUCACCCUGGGCCGCUCACUUCCGCCCAGGUGAGGGAGGGCCGACGUCGAGCCAGACCGCUCGCUCGCUCCCGAGUCUCCGCCGGACCAGGUUUCUUUAAAAGGAAUUGAAGACAGUCAUUCAAAAUGCCUGAAAAUCCUGGUCCAGAUAAACUGCAGGUCCUACAAGUUCUUGAUCGCCUAAAAAUGAAACUGCAGGAGAAGGGGGACACAUCGCAGAAUGAGAAGCUCUCUCUGUUUUAUGAGACACUAAAGAGCCCCCUCUUCAAUCAGAUACUCACACUUCAGCAGUCCAUCAAGCAACUGAAAGGGCAACUCAGCCAUAUACCCUCAGAUUGUUUGGCCAACUUUGAUUUUUCUAGGAAAGGUCUAUUAGUGUUUACAGAUGGUGCCAUUACUAACGGGAAUGCCCAAAGACCCUCUAAUAAUUUGACUGUCUCUGGGUUAUUUCCUUGGACUCCUAAGUCAAGAAAUGAAGACUUUAACUCAGUCAUUCAACAGAUGGCGCAGGGCCGGCAAAUUGAAUAUAUCGAUAUAGAACGGCCUUCAUCCGGAGGCCUUGGAUUCAGUGUGGUGGCCCUGAGAAGUCAAAAUCUGGGAGAAGUUGAUAUCUUGGUGAAGGAAGUGCAGCCAGGGAGUAUAGCAGACAGGGAUCAAAGAUUAAGGGAAAAUGACCAAAUAUUGGCUAUUAAUCACACACCACUGGAUCAGAACAUUUCCCAUCAGCGAGCAAUUGCGUUAUUACAACAAACCACUGGAUCUCUGCAUCUGGUUGUGGCCAGGGAACCCGUCCACAGAAAAAGCAGUACUUCUACCAGCCUAACUGAUACCACUCUGCCUGAAACAGUUCAUUGGGGCCAUAUUGAAGAUGUUGAGCUCAUUAAUGAUGGCUCUGGAUUAGGUUUUGGAAUAGUUGGAGGAAAAUCAAGUGGUGUGGUUGUGAGGACGAUCGUUCCUGGAGGAUUAGCAGAUCGAGAUGGAAGACUCCAGACAGGGGACCACAUCUUGAAGAUUGGUGGCACAGAUGUGCAGGGAAUGACCAGCGAGCAAGUUGCGCAAGUGCUAAGGAACUGUGGAAACUCAGUCCGGAUGCUUGUUGCAAGAGACCCAGUUGGUGCAAUUUCUGUAACCCCUCCCACCCCUGCAGCCUUACCUGUUGCCCUGCCUGCUGUAGCUCACAGGAGCCCUAGUGCUGACAGUUCUGUUUUUGAAACUUACGAUGUUGAACUCAUUAGAAAAGAUGGACAGAGUCUUGGGAUUAGAAUUGUUGGCUAUAUCGGAACUGCUCAUACAGGGGAGGCUUCAGGGAUUUAUGUGAAAAGUGUAAUACCUGGCAGUGCUGCUUACCACAAUGGCCAAAUUCAAGUGAACGACAAAAUAGUUGCUGUCGAUGGUGUGAAUAUUCAGGGUUUUGCGAACCAGGAUGUUGUUGAAGUAUUACGAAAUGCAGGGCAAGUGGUACACCUAACCCUAAUUCGAAGGAAGACGUCUUCGUCUGCUUCUCCACUCGAAUGGCCUUCAGACACAGGAACUGCUGUAGAACCAUCGGAAACACCAGCCUGCUAUCUAACUGGAGCAGUGGAAACUGAAACUGACUUGGAUGGCGGGGAUGAGGAAACUGAAAAAAGAAUGGAUAUUCUGAAAAAUGACAACAUACAAGCCUUAGAAAAAUUAGAAAAGGUCCCAGACUCUACAGAAAAUGAGCUGAAAUCUAGAUGGGAAAACCUCUUGGGCCCGGAUUAUGAAGUAAUGGUGGCUACUUUGGAUACGCAGAUUGCAGAUGACGCCGAGUUACAGAAAUAUUCAAAGCUGCUGCCGAUUCAUACUCUGAGGCUUGGCAUGGAAGUGGAUUCCUUUGAUGGGCACCAUUAUAUCUCUUCAGUUGCUCCAGGUGGUCCUGUUGAUACACUGAACCUCCUGCAGCCAGAGGAUGAGCUUCUUGAGGUCAAUGGCGUGCAACUGUAUGGGAAAUCUCGCCGAGAAGCAGUCUCUUUUCUCAAAGAGGUGCCUCCUCCCUUUACCUUGGUUUGCUGUCGACGAUUAUUUGAUGAUGAAGCUUCUGUGGAUGAACCAAGGAACACUGAAGCCCCUCUUCCCAAGAUGGAGGCUGACCACAGUGUAGGCAUCAAUACUGAAGAUGAUGAUGAUGGGGAAUUAGCACUAUGGUCUCCUGAAGUCAAGAUUGUUGAACUCGUAAAAGAUCAUAAAGGCUUGGGAUUCAGCAUCUUGGAUUACCAGGACCCUUUAGAUCCCACAAGAUCAGUGAUUGUGAUCCGUUCCCUGGUGGCACAUGGUGUCGCAGAAAGAGGGGGAGAGCUGUUACCUGGAGACCGCCUGGUCUCAGUUAAUGAAUACUGUUUGGAAAACACCACACUUGCUGAAGCUGUGGAAGUGUUGAAAGCUGUGCCACCAGGCAUCGUACGCCUUGGCAUCUGUAAGCCUUUGGUGGUAGAGUAUGGUAUUGCUUUACCUGAUAACAACCAUCUGGAAUUUAGAGAUGAACCCUAUUAUAAAGAGGAGCUUGUAGAUGAGCCCUUCCUCGAUUUGGGAAAGGCUUUUCAGUCCCAACAGAAAGAGAGAGACAAUAGCAAGGAGGCCUGGGAGAUGCAUGAAUUUCUGACUCCUAGAUUGCAGGAGAUGGGGGAAGAAAGAGAGAUGCUUGUUGAUGAAGAAUAUGAGCUAUAUCAAGAUCACUUUCCGUCCAUGGACUUGUAUCCCUCAUCACACCUUCAAGAGGCUGCUCCUGUUUCCUCUGUGAAGGAACUUCACUUUGGCACUCAGUGGUUACAGGACAACGAACCACCUGAGCUUCAAGAAGCAAGAUCCAUGAGGAGUAUGUAUUCCCAGGAGACGCAGCAGUGUAGCUAUAGCGCUGGAAACAUGAUGAAAGAAAAUUUUGGCAUCGGUUCCCCACCCUCCAUACCCUCAUCUGAAGGAGGCAGUCAACAAAGCAGAUUUGAUGAUCUGGAAAAUCUUAAUUCAUUAACAAAAAGCAGUCUGGAUUUAGGCAUGAUGAUUCCAAAUGAUAUCCAAGGCCCUGGCUUGCUUGUUGAACUCCCUGCUGUGGCUCAAAGAAUGGAGCAAGAUUUGCCCUUAUACCAACUCCCCAGGACCCGAGUUGUUUCCAAGGCCUCGGCAUACAUAGGAACAUCAUCUAGAUAUACCACUGAUGCCUGUGAGUUACCUGAAAGAGAAGAAGGUGAAGGAGAAGAAACUCCAAACUUCAGCCACUGGGGUCCACCAAGAAUUGUUGAGAUAUUUAGGGAACCCAGUGUGUCUCUUGGUAUUAGUAUUGUUGGUGGACAAACUGUUAUAAAACGCCUGAAGAAUGGAGAGGAACUUAAAGGUAUAUUUAUCAAACAAGUUUUAGAAGACAGUCCAGCAGGAAAAACAAAUGCUCUUAAAACAGGAGAUAAAAUACUUGAGGUGUCUGGAGUAGAUUUGCAGAAUGCCUCACACAGAGAAGCAGUGGAGGCCAUUAAGAAUGCGGGAAAUCCUGUGGUGUUCGUUGUUCAGAGCUUGUCAUCCACUCCAAGAGUCAUUCCUAGUGUGCCUAACAAGGCUAACAAAAUCACUAAUAACCAGGACCAAAACACUGAAGAAAAAAAAGAAAAGAGACAAGGAACAGCUCCACCUCCAGUGAAACUGCCACCUCCUUAUAAAGCUCCGUCUGAGGACAGUGACGAAAAUGAAGAAGAAUAUGCAUUUACCAACAAAAAAAUCAGGCAAAGAUAUGCAGACCUACCUGGAGAAUUGCACAUUAUUGAGCUUGAAAAGGAUAAGAAUGGACUUGGACUCAGCCUUGCUGGUAAUAAAGACCGGUCGCGCUUGAGCAUAUUUGUGGUGGGAAUUAACCCAGAAGGACCUGCUGCAACGGAUGGGCGAAUGCGUAUUGGAGAUGAACUGUUGGAGAUAAACAAUCAGAUCCUGUAUGGAAGAAGUCACCAAAAUGCAUCUGCCAUUAUUAAGACCGCCCCAUCAAAGGUCAAGCUGGUUUUCAUCAGAAAUGAAGAUGCAGUCAAUCAGAUGGCUGUUACCCCCUUUCCAGUACCAUCAAGCUCCCCGUCUUCUGUUGAGGAUCAGAGCGGUACUGAACCUGUUAGCAGUGAGGAAGAUGGCAGUCUCGAAGUUGGUAUUAAACAGUUGCCUGAAAAUGAAAGCUCCAAACUGGACGACAUCUCCCAGGUGGCUGGUCAGGGCUUGGUGGCAGGUCACCAGAAGGCACUGGAGUGCCCAACUGACAAUGCUGCCAGCCAGAUGAAACAGCAAAAAUAUUCAACAAAAGUCUCCUUCAGUUCACAAGAGAUAUCUUUAGCACCAGCUCCAUCAUACCAUUCCACGGAUGUGGAUUUCACAAGCUAUGGUGGUUUCCAGGCCCCUCUGUCAGUGGACCCAGCCACCUGUCCCAUUGUUCCUGGCCAGGAAAUGAUUAUAGAAAUAUCCAAGGGACGUUCAGGUCUUGGUCUCAGCAUUGUGGGAGGAAAAGACACACCUUUGGAUGCUAUAGUUAUACACGAAGUCUACGAAGAAGGAGCAGCAGCCAGAGAUGGAAGACUUUGGGCUGGUGACCAGAUAUUAGAGGUUAAUGGGAUUGACCUGAGGAGCGCCAGCCACGAAGAAGCCAUCACAGCCCUGAGGCAGACCCCCCAGAAGGUGCGACUGGUCGUGUAUAGAGAUGAGGCACACUACAGAGAUGAGGAGAACUUGGAGGUUUUCCCGGUGGAUCUGCAAAAAAAGGCUGGCCGAGGACUGGGUCUGAGCAUCGUUGGGAAGCGAAAUGGAAGUGGAGUGUUUAUUUCUGACAUCGUGAAAGGUGGAGCUGCAGACCUUGAUAGGAGAUUGAUUCAGGGAGAUCAGAUCUUAUCUGUGAAUGGGGAGGACAUGAGAAAUGCUUCACAAGAGACAGUGGCCACUAUCCUCAAGUGUGCACAGGGGCUGGUGCAGCUAGAGAUUGGAAGACUCCGAGCUGGUUCCUGGACCUCCUCAAGGAAGACCUCACAGAAUAGUCAGGGAAGCCAGCACAGCGCGCACAGCAACUUCCAUCCCUCCCUGGCUCCUGUCAUCACCAGCCUGCAAAACCUGGUUGGCACAAAAAGAGCUACAGAUCCUUCCCCCAAAAGUUCAGGCACAGAUAUGGGACCAAGGACCGUUGAGAUCAUCAGGGAGCUCAGCGAUGCCCUUGGAAUCAGUAUCGCCGGAGGAAAAGGAAGUCCCUUAGGAGAUAUCCCAAUAUUUAUUGCCAUGAUUCAGGCCAGUGGUGUGGCUGCCCGUACACAGAAGCUUAAGGUUGGAGAUCGGAUUGUCAGCAUUAAUGGGCAACCUUUGGAUGGGCUGUCUCACGCGGAUGUGGUUAAUCUGCUAAAGAACGCCUACGGGCGCAUUAUCCUGCAGGUUGUAGCAGAUACCAACAUAAGCGCCAUAGCAACUCAGCUUGAAAACAUGUCUACAAGCUACCACCUUGGUUCUCCCGCUGCUGAACACCAUCCAGAAGACACAGAAACACCUCCACCUAAGAUUAUUACUUUGGAGAAAGGCUCUGAAGGAUUGGGGUUUAGUAUUGUAGGGGGUUAUGGAAGUCCCCAUGGAGACCUGCCAAUUUAUGUCAAGACUAUAUUUGCAAAGGGAGCAGCUGCAGAUGAUGGCCAGUUGAAGCGAGGCGAUCAGAUUUUAGCUGUCAAUGGCGAGACGCUGGAAGGUGUUACUCAUGAGCAAGCUGUGGCCAUUCUAAAACGCCAGAAAGGGACUGUAAUCUUAACUGUGCUGUCUUGAGCCCCGGGUCCUAAUCACAAGAUAGAUGUUGUAGAGUAUCCAUAGGAAGAUGAAGCUCUGAGAGAGGAUGAAAAGCAGCCUCCACUAGAAUCCACCUUCAUUUACCCCCUCACCCUCUUUGCUCAGGAGAGGCGGCUAGAUGUCACGGGAAUUAUCCAAAUCAACCUUCAGCCUCUUGGUGAGGUGAAUUUCUAAACCUAGAACGAGUCUUACCUGAUUUGCAUCUCACAUCCAUGUUUAGCCACUAGUAGUAACUGGUUCUGAUUCUGUUUGCUGCAACCGAAGUUAACCACCUCUCAUUCCUGUGCCCUUCUCUGCCCAUCCCUCCUCGCUAAGAGGCUUACAGCAAGCUCACAUGUCCUCUGACGAACAGAAACAAAUGUUAAGCAACUUGUCAUCUCACUCAUGAUUUACUUAUGCUAAUUGUCUCUUCAGGUAUGCCAGAAAACAUUAAUAGUGUAAUUAACUUACCAUUGAUCCCCAUGAUGAAACACCCAAGUCUCCUAUGGGAAAUUAUUGUGCUCUUUUCUGCACGACUUAGAGUCAGAUAUGUCUCAAAUUUGUUUCUCUGGAUAGAUCUUUAUAAGCUAGUCAUUGGUGAUUAUGAUGAGUCCAUUUGCAGACUGUAAUCUGAAAAUUCUGGAAGGCUUUCUAGUUGUUUUCUUGGCUACAUAAACGUAUACCACUGAGCAAAUGCACCUUGUUCUCCACAGGAACAAUUAGCAUCCAUGUUCUGAAUUCUAACCGUGCUAACUCAUGUUCAAGUCCAGGAAGUUCAGCUGGAGUUAAUGGCAUCUCAGUAGGCAGGCAUCAUUGCCUCCCCUUCAGUCUUCAGACAAGCAGGUAUAAGCCCCAGAACCAGUCUGCAGAGAUCAGUAAGUUUUCCCUCAAGUCAGAUGAGGUCUGGGUGGCCUUGGGCUUGUGCAAAGUGGAGUGACAACUUUGAGCAUCCUUCCCCUUGGCUCCCUACUGGUCAAUCUAGCAGCACAAACUGUAGGAACAUAGGGAUGGAGCAGCAUGCUUGGCCACCAAGUGACUGUGGAAAUGAACUCAGCCUAAGAAUCAGAACUUGACUAAUGUUUCCUGAUCUUCAGGAAGCCCCUCAUUUGCUAAAGUUUUACAUGCUAAGAAAGCAACGGCAGCAGAAAAUACAAAAAUACCUUUAAAGUUGAAUAGAGGCAAUCUUAUUUAGGUAUUAGCAGGAGGUGGCGGGGGGAGAUGCUUAUCAGUGAAUGUUAUAGGUUCUUCUGUAAAAAAUGUACCAUGAAAGAUGAGGACCAGGAUCAGUAAUAGAAGUAGUUUAGUAUCUUUGAACUAAAACACAAUGCUGCAAAUGGUUCACAGUCGUUAACAAAAUGGAAUGGGCUCUGAUUUAAAAAUGUUAUUUAAUAAUUACAGAUUUUAAUUGAGAAUUACCUUUGAGUAGAAGUAAUCACAAAGUGCAUUAACUCUUGUUGGAAUAUUUUGUGGUUAUUCCAAAGUAUAGAGUGCCUAAAUUUUAUGUUGAAUAAUGUGUUUCAUGACUGGUAUUAAGUUUUCUGAAGUGACAUAUGGCUUUUGGAAUUUCUAACAUACCCAAGACGUGCAAUGUUGUUAGAACCUUGUCUUUCAGUGCAUGAGAAGCUAUCAACCUCAGAAGUUCUAUGCUAAUUGUACCUGCGAGAACACCUGAGGCAGCCAAGAAGAAAUGAAGCCCAAAUAAAACUUGAAAAUGCACCUUAAAAAAAGUGUGUGUGUCUGUGCACACGCAUGUGUAUACACACACACACAUAAGACUUCAUAUAUUUUGAAAUGUGAUUCUGCUUGAUUGUGAUGGAAUGGCCAUUAAAUACACAUUUGAAAUACUACA